AUGGCAAUUAACCCCGAGAAAGAAGAGUACGAGCUGCAACACUUUAAUUUCUCGUCUGAGGAACUGGUCGCUCAAAAUAUACAAAUGGUACAAUCGCUGUUAAACAAAUCGCUCACUGUCUUUACGGACCAGUUGAUUCAGAAGCAAGGAAUCCCAGAAGAUCCUGCGACACGGUUACGCGCUAGCUGCAACAAAACUGCCAUCGCCAUGUACAACGAUUGUGCGCUAGCCAUGAACGAACUGAACGCGCUGUAUCGGAAAACCUUUUCCAUACCGGACAACGUGUUGCUGCCAACGGAUCUGUUGCAUGUGCGAGGUUACACCGAGGAGCAAAUGAACAAUCUCGAACAGGAGGUACAGCGCGCCAGAGACCUGGUAAUGCAGGGAGCCGUCUUCCUGGCAUCACUUGACGCGGAAAUGGAACUGCACCAGGAGCUUGUACCUUGCUAUGAAGCGGAGGAGAAAAUAUUCGAAUCGUUGGAGCAUCUUCAGGAGCAGGAAAUCGAUCCGGACGAUGUGUCGGAUCUGGUGAAGCGAUUAGAGACUGCCGGCAUCAUUGCGGCUGAUUGCACACAAGACAGCAUAGAGCUUGAUAACUUUUUAUUACAAAAACAAUAG